AUGCCCGACUACCGCAUCGAGGUAUCACCCAACAACCGCGCCGGCUGCACCGAUGGCGUGUGCAAGAAGGCCGCCGCGAAGUGCGUGAAGGGUUCCCUUCGCUUCGGCACAUGGACCAAGAUUAUGGAUCAUGAGUCCUUCAAGUGGAAGCACUGGGGAUGUAUCUCUGGAGAGCAGAUGAAGCACGUCCAGGAGCUGUGUGAGAAGAACGGCAAAUUUGAUUUUGAUGCCUUUGAUGGAUACGAUGAGAUGGGCGAUCACCCUGAUCUUCAGGCGAAGAUCCGUAAGGCCGUAGAGCAAGGCCAUAUUGACGCCGAGGACUUCAACGGCGACCCAUGGAUGAAUAAGCCCGGACAGCGCGGUAUUCGCGGGAAGAAGCCCAAGGACUGGGAUGAUGGUGAAGAGGAGAAUGAAGAUGAGCCCCCCGCCAAGGGCAAGAAGCGCGGGCGCAAGGCCGCCGAUGAUGAUGAGGAAGAGGAGAAGCCCAAAGCCAAGCGCUCCAAGAAGGCCGCCGCAAAGGCCGAGGACGAGGAAGAAGAGAAGCCAAAACCCAAGGCCAAGCGCGGAAAGGCUGCUGCCGCCGCUGCCAAGGUCAAGGACGAGGAGGCUAGCGAGGAGGAGGCUCCCAAGCCGAAGCGCGGAGCUCGAAAGUCCGCUGUCAAGAAGGAGGAAUCCGAUGCUGAGGAAGAGGAGGCUCCCAAGCCCAAGCGUGGUGCCGCUAAGAAGACCGCUGCUCCCGCUCCCAAGAGGGCCGCUGCAAAGAAGGCAAAGGUUGGGGAGAGCGAGGAAGAGUCUGCUGCUGAGCCCGAGACUACCCCCGAGUCCGAAGAGGAGGAGGUGAAGCCCGCACCCAAGAAGGGUAAGGCGGCGGCGGCGCCCAAGGGUCGUAAGAAAGCUGCCCCGGCUGCUGAGGUAGAGAAGCCCAAGUCGACGCGGGCCAGCCGUUCUCGCAAGUGA